CACGACCAAAAUAAUCGCUUCCUCGAUCGACCGUCGACCACGACCUUGCGCCAUUCCGCCGCGCGACGCGCCGCGUUCGGACUCGUUGUCUCAUUCCCUCCGUCUCGCUGAAACCUACGAUCAAUCACCUCUGGAGAUGCCGACAUCACCUUACGUCUCUCGAAUCAAUCAGAUUGAUGCGGUGCAGUUAGACGAGGAAAUCUACAAAGUGCUUAGGAAUCAAGCCAGGGAAAUCGGCAAGUAUCAACAGAUAGAGAAGAUCGAUCGAUGGCAACCCGAGAUCGACGCGCUCCUCAAAUUCUUCAUAUGGAAUUUCUCGCUGCGCCACGGAAAAUCGACAUUUGGUCAGCAACUGCUCAAUUUGCAUUACGAAAACAUUACAAGCGCAAAGUCCAUUCUCUAUAUGCUUUCAACGAUCGGUCCGGCGUAUGUACGAGAUAAACUCGUGGAUAGUGGCGCGAAUCGUCGUUUCACCAUUUUACUCGAUCGUGUCGCGAACGUCUUGAAGCUCUUCGAGUUUAUAAACUUGUUGAUCUUUAUGCAUCGUGGGACGCAGCCUCGUAUCGUCGAAUAUAUACUCGGAAUCGCGAGUUCUUCCACAACUGUUCACAAACCGAGAAACAUCGGCUACUCGUACAUGACCAGAGAACUGUUAUGGCACGGUUUGAUGGAAUUGUUUACUACCAGCUUGCCCAUGGUCAAUUUCCAUUACUUAAAGCACACGAUGAAGAAGCUAUUCACGCGGUCAAAGGCCGUCCACUUACAAGGCAUAUUACCGACCAUGAACUUGUCCACCAAGUGCGCCUAUUGCACCGAUACACCGAUUCUACCGGUACACGCGGGUUGUCAGCAUAUUUUUUGCUACUACUGUUUGAACGCUCACUUCACCGUGAUGGUCGAGUUUCAGUGUCCCGAGUGUAGCACGCGACUCUACGCUACUAGUAUGAAAACGUACGAAGCCAGUUCCCCGACCUCCAGCAAACGAGAAAUGUCGAGCACGGCAUUUUAACGUUCUCCGUCUUAUACCAAUAAACAAACAUUUUGUACAUACAGAGAUAUAUAUAUAUACAUAUACAUAUACAUAUACAUAUAUUUCUAUUUAUACAUACGAUUGUACAUGCA